CGACAGCUGCAAUUUUGGUGACAUUUAGUUCAGGCGCCGCGUGGAGCACAGAACUGGGGGUCCUUCAGCGACAGGGAAGGAUAUUUUAACCACCAAACAAGCCCGAUGUUUAUAUUGGUGCAAAUUGGAGUAUGCCCGCGGAACGCAACAAGUCGGUCAACAUGGACGAAAAAGAUGCGAGUUCGUUUUUAAACAAGGAGAAAGACAAGGACCGAGAGGGAGACAGGCGGCCUGCCUCUUCCCGGGACAAGUCAAAGGAUGAGACAAAGGCGAGUGCAAAGAAAGACAACGGCAAAGCUGCGGAAGAGAAAAGGAGGCGUUUGGAAGAGGACAAGAGAAAGAAGGAAGAGAAAGACCGUAAGAAAAAGGAGGAUGAGAGGUUGAAAGCAGAGGAGGAGCAUAAGCAGAAGGAAGAGGAGGAGAGGAAACAGAAAGAGGAAGAGGAGAAGAAAAGGAUACAGGAGGAAGAAGAGAAGAGGCAGCGUGAAGAAGAAGCAAACCUACUCAAGGAGAAGGAGGAGGGGCAGCAGCUCCACCAGGAGGCGUGGGAGCGUCACCAGUCUCGCAAGGAGCUGCGCAGCCGGAACCAGAACGCCCAGGAGGGCCGGCCGGAGGAGGCCUUCUUCAGCCGGCUGGACUCCAGCCUGAAGAAGAACACGGCCUUCGUGAAGAAGCUGCGCACGCUGACGGAGCAGCAGCGGGACGCGCUCUCCAACGACUUCGCCUCGCUCAACCUCAGCAAGUACAUCGGCGAGGCGGUGGGCUCCGUGGUGGAGGCCAAGCUGAAGAUCUCUGACGUGGGCUGCGCCGUGCACCUGUGCUCCCUCUUCCACCAGCGCUACGCCGAGUUCGCUCCGCUCCUCCUGCAGGCCUGGAGGAGGCACUUCGAGGCGCGCAAGGAGGAGAAGACGCCCAACGUGAGCAAGCUGCGCACGGACCUGCGCUUCAUCGCCGAGCUGACGGUGGUGGGCCUGUUCACCGACCGCGAGGGGCUCUCGCUCAUCUACGAGCAGCUGAAGGCCAUCAUCGGCGUGGACCGCGAGACGCACACGCACGUCUCCGUGGUGAUCAGCUUCUGUAAGCACUGCGGGGACGACGUGGCCGGGCUGGUGCCCCGCCGUGUCAGGGGGGCGGCCGAGAAGUUCGGCCUGGCCUUCCCGCCCAGCGAGAUCAUCAGCGUCGAGAAGCAGCAGCCCUUCCAGAAUCUUCUCAGGGAGUACUUCACCUCCCUCACCAAGCACCUGAAGAAGGACCACCGCGAGCUGCAGAACAUCGAGAGGCAGAACAGGCGCAUCCUGCAUUCCAAAGGGGAACUGAGCGAAGACCGGCACAAGCAGUAUGAGGAGUUUGCCACGUCGUACCAGAAGCUCCUGGCCAAUACGCAGUCCCUGGCCGACCUGCUGGACGAGAACAUGCCAGACCUGCCCCAGGACAAGACCGUGCAGGAAGAGCACGGCCCGGGCAUCGACAUCUUCACCCCUGGCAAGCCGGGAGAGUACGACCUGGAGGGGGGGAUCUGGGAGGACGAGGACGCCCGGAACUUCUACGAGAACAUGGUGGACCUGAAGGCGUUCGUCCCCGCCAUCCUGUUCAAGGACAACGAGAAGGGACUGCAGGGCCGGGAGAGGGAGGAGAGCAAAGAGCCCAAGGAGGUGAAGGAGGUAAAGGAGGUGAAGGAGGUGGUGAGCACGGAGGACCUGGAGCUGGAGCUGGAGACUCUGGACAUCGCCGACGACACCUUGGAGGUGGAGGUCACGGACGAGGUCGAGGGGGAGGAGCUCGCCAAGAAGCUGCUGGACGAGCAAGAACAAGAGGACGAGGAGGCCAGCACCGGAUCUCAUCUGAAGCUCAUCGUCGAUGCCUUCAUCCAGCAGCUGCCCAACUGCGUCAACAGGGACCUUAUCGACAAGGCUGCCAUGGAUUUCUGCAUGAAUAUGAACACCAAGGCUAACAGGAGGAAGCUAGUCCGGGCCCUCUUCACUGUACCACGACAACGGCUGGACCUCCUCCCGUUCUACUCCCGCCUGGUGGCCACCCUGCACCCCUGCAUGUCGGAUGUGGCCGAGGACCUGUGCUCCAUGCUGAAGGGGGACUUCAGGUUCCAUAUCAGGAAGAAGGAUCAAAUCAACAUUGAAACGAAGAACAAAACUGUGCGUUUCAUUGGGGAGCUCGCCAAGUUCAAGAUGUUCUCCAAAACGGACACUCUUCAUUGCCUAAAGAUGCUGCUGUCAGACUUCUCUCACCACCACAUUGAGAUGGCCUGCACUCUGCUGGAGACCUGCGGCAGGUUCCUCUUCAGGUCCCCGGACUCGCACCUGCGCACCAGCGUGCUACUGGAGCAAAUGAUGCGUAAGAAACAGGCCAUGCACCUGGACGCUCGCUACGUGACCAUGGUGGAGAACGCGUACUACUACUGCAACCCGCCGCCCGUGGAGAAGACGGUGAGGAAGAAGAGACCACCGCUGCAGGAAUACAUCCGGAAGCUUCUGUACAAGGACCUGUCCAAGGUCACCACCGAGAAGGUACUGAGGCAGAUGCGGAAACUGCCCUGGCAGGACUCUGAGGCGAAGAACUACCUCAUCUGCUGCAUGGUCAACAUCUGGAACGUCAAGUACAACAGCAUCCACUGCGUGGCCAACCUGCUGGCGGGGCUGGUGGCCUACCAGGAGGACGUGGGCAUCCACGUGGUGGAUGGGGUCCUGGAGGACAUCCGGCUGGGCAUGGAGGUGAACCAGCCCAAGUUCAACCAGCGGCGAAUCAGCAGCGCCAAGUUCCUGGGGGAGCUGUACAACUACCGCAUGGUGGAGUCGGCGGUCAUCUUCCGCACCCUCUUCUCCUUCAUCUCGUUCGGGGUGAGCCCCGACGGAGCCCCCAGCCCCCUGGACCCCCCCGAGCACCUGUUCCGCAUCCGCAUGGUCUGCACCCUGCUGGACACCUGCGGGCAGUACUUCGACCGUGGCUCCAGCAAGAGGAAGCUCGACUGCUUCCUCAUCUACUUCCAGCGGUAUAUCUGGUGGAAGAAGAGCGUGGAGGUGUGGACGCAGGACCACCCGUUCCCCAUCGACAUCGACUACAUGAUCAGCGACACCCUGGAGCUGCUGCGGCCCAAGAUGAGGCUGUGCUGCUCCCUGGAGGAGGCCACGCGCCAGGUCUCCGAGCUGGAGAGGGAGUUCCUGCUCAAACUGGGCCUAGCCAUGGAAAAGGACGGGAAGUGCUCCAGCAGCAUCAGCGAAGGGGAGGCCCUGGACGAGGAGGAUGACGAUGAUGAUGAAGAGGGCGGGGCGGAGACCGAGGAACAGUCCGGGAACGAGAGCGAGAUGAAUGACCACGAAGAGGAGGAGGGGUCCGAAAACGAGGAGGAAGAGCGAGAGGAGGAGGAGGAAGAGAACACGGACUACCUGACCGACUCCAACAAAGAGAACGAAACGGACGAGGAGAACAACGAGGUGACCAUAAAGGGCGGGGGUCUGAAGCACGUGGCCUGUGCUGAGGACGAGGACUUCAUUCAGGCCCUGGACAAGAUGAUGCUGGAGAACCUUCAGCAGCGGAGCGGGGAGUCUGUGAAGGUGCACCAGCUGGACGUGGCCAUCCCGCUGCAGCUGAAGAGCCAGCUGAAGAAGGGCCCUCCCCCCGCCUGCAGCGCCCAGGCAGAGGCCGAAAUCGCCGAGACCAUGCAGUUCGUCAUGCUCACCAGGAAGGGCAACAAGCAGCAGUUUAAGAUCCUGAACGUGCCGCUGUCCUCACACCUGGCCGCCAAUCACUUCAACCAGCAGCAGGCGGAGCAGGAGGAGCGCAUGCGCAUGAAGAAGCUCACACUGGACAUCAACGAGCGGCAGGAGCAGGAGGACUACCAGGAGAUGAUGCAGUCCCUGGCCCAGCGGCCGGCCCCCGCCAACACCAACCGAGAGCGCCGGCCGCGGUACCAGCACCCCAAGGGCGCGCCCAACGCCGACCUCAUCUUCAAGACCGGAGGAAGGAGACGCUGACACAGGCGCUACAGAGUGGAGCUUCAGACCUGAGUCCUCCCCGGCUGACUGAGAGGAGCAAGACCCCCCUCCCCCCCACCUCACCGAGACUGCAGGAGGGACAGCUCAUUGGCCGCAGGGGGAGGGGGGCGGAGACAGCACGACCCCGCCUCUGACCCUGCCUCUAACCCCUCCCCCCCCUCCCCUCCCCCCCCCCACACCACGUCCCCUCCCCCGUCCGCCACGCGGCCACACCUGUAUCAGAACACCAGCAGCAGACUAACCGUACCCCCACCCAACCCCCCACUGACCCCCGAUACCAGGGCACAGACUGUCUGUAGAAGGGGAACAGCUGGGAGCUCCAUAGGGGUGUAAUGGCUCUGUGAAAACCGCACGUGCAGACCAGAGUGUGAGUGUGAGUGUGAGUGUGUGAGAGAGAGAGAGAGAGAGAGAGAGAGAGAGAGAGAAAGUGUGUGUGAGAGAGAGGGAGAGGGAGAGAGAGAGAGAAUGUCAGCUCUAACACUGUUCCCCUGCACCUAAGGAUUAGUACCUGUUGCUUUUCUCUGUCUUUAUAUAAGUGCUGUACGUUAGGAGUGUAUUUCUGAGGAGAGUUGGAGAGGAGAGGAGAGGAGAGAAGAGGAGACUACCGGUGGUCAGGGCAAAGAGGGCACGUUUAGGAGGAGAAAGUGUGUGUGGGAUGGAGUUUAGGCGUGCGGGCGUGUUUUGGGUGUGGGGGCAGAAUCGGCUCCAGUGAUCAGCUUCAGAGAUGGCUCGUUCCUUCCCUCCAUGCUGGAGUAGCGUGUUACCAUGGUGAUGGCCCUGAAGGGGGGCUGCUUUGGGAGAAGAGUCCCUGAGGGUGGAGACGACACGGACAGACCGACUGACCGACCAGCUUACCAUCGCCAGAAACGGGGAAAAAACAUCUUCAUUCAUAAAUAUCUAGAGAGAUAAACGCUUUAUUUUUUGGUCUUUUAUUUUCUUGAGGAAAGCCUUUACUUUAUCCUCUGUAAGGUUGUACAACAGUUUUUUGGCAUUGAGGCUCUUGAUUUGUGUGGAUAUGCUUUGUUUGCUGUCCUGUGGUUUGAAGUUAAACGAGGUUUGUAAGUGUGGGCUGUGACCUGCCUCUUUGCUUUCCUGUAGACUCUGAUUGAUUUUGAUUAUUUCUCUCUGUGUAUAACCUUUAGAGAAGCUUUUUCAGCAACUGCAUGGCUUUUUCAGAACCAGCACAUGUGAUUGUCUUUGCCAAUAUUGCAGUAAAUUCUCAAACUGCCAACUA